AUGGAACAAUCCUACAUGUGAUCAAUUUUCCAAGAAAUUCACAAAGAUAAUGAGCUCUAUACUAAACUACUAAUCCCCGAUGCUUCUUGACUAGAAGCUCUGUCUCAACUACCAAGUAGAUUUUCCCAAAAAUGGAGCAUAUGCUUGACCCAACUCAAGACUGAUGCACCACAAACUCCUGUAGAAAUAGAGAUCAUACUCCAAAGCUCUCUAUAUUCAUCUGAGCUUCCCCAAAACCCACGAAUCCUAGAAGAGACCCAAGAAGGCUUGAUUAAGAACCUAUUCAAAGAUGGGGUAGAAACAAUAGAGAAUAUCACAAGAUCCCUCGAGGUUCUUACUGAAGAAGAGAACGCCUUCUUUACUGCUCAUAAUAUUUCAUCUCUAAUACUGUAA